AGAUGAUAGCUCUUCAGUAAACAUGGCGGGAAUUCUUGGCGCCAUACGACAUACUCUAUCUUUUAGGAGGGACUAUUUCAUCCCUUAUAAACCCUACCCCCAUCACCAUAACCCUUUUCAUCCAUUUCGUUCUCCCAUCUUCAAUCGCUCAUCAAAAUCAUCAUCCUUUCGGCUAAUUUCAGCCAUGUCAAACAUCAACAACAUCCCUGACAUCGAAGGACCUGCCCCAAAGGUUCAGAAAAUCGACGAUCGGAACGGAAGCUCCGACCACCAACUACCUUUUUUCAAAGUGAAGAAGCUAUCGGAGAAAGCUGUUUUGCCUGCGAGAGGUUCGUCUCUUGCCGCUGGUUACGAUCUUUCAAGUGCAACAGACACUAAAGUACCAGCGAGAGGCAAAACACUGAUUCCCACGGAUUUAUCCAUUGCAGUACCAGAAGGAACAUAUGCUCGAAUUGCUCCAAGAUCCGGUCUAGCAUGGAAACAUUCGAUUGAUGUCGGAGCAGGUGUGAUUGAUGCCGACUACAGGGGUCCGGUUGGAGUGAUCUUGUUCAACCAUUCCGAUAAUGAUUUUGAAGUGAAAACGGGUGAUCGAAUUGCACAGUUGAUUAUCCAGAAGAUCAUCGUACCAGAAGUCAUGGAGGUUGAUGAUCUUGAUUCAACAGUAAGGGGCGCGGGUGGGUUUGGAUCAACUGGAGUUUAACAUUUCAUACAAGUAAAAUUAUUCAUUAGGAAAUAGGAAAUGUUAUGUAAUUUGGCUCCUAGAUUUUGGUAGUUUACUUGGUUGCCUAAUAUGGCUGUUUUAUGGAUGGAGCAUUUUGUCGAACAGUUGGUGGGUAUGUGAAAAAGGCUCGAAUUAUCUUA